AUGCUAACUCUGUCUCGCGAGAAAAUAGCCUCCGUUCUCGUCAACUCCAACUACGCCGUCUCCAUCUUUGCCUACGGCGACAUCAACCGCAUUCCGCGGCCCAUCCAACAUGCCCUCUCCAACAUCCCCGCCGAUGUGAAAGAUAGGGGCAAGAACAUCCUUGUGGACAUGUUGAUAUGGGCACUAGACAAUACUGCUCCCGCUAACUACUUGAUCAUAUCCGGCGACAUAGACCUCUCCACCGCGCUUCAAAAACUCAGCCUGCGAAGUUACAAUAUUCUUCUCGCGCAUCCGCCGCAAGUUUCUCCCUCCUUCUUCGCCGCCGCUAAAGUCGUUUGGCGUUGGACAAUCCUCUCGCCGGCGGUGGCCCUCUCUAAGUUGUCGAUUCCGACUACGCUUCCGCCUCUGUUAAACCCACCCCUCUCCGAACAGAAAAUAGCCUCCGUUCUCGUCAACUCCAACUACGCCGUCUCCAUCUUUGCCUACGGCGACAUCAACCGCAUUCCGCGGCCCAUCCAACAUGCCCUCUCCAACAUCCCCGCCGAUGUGAAAGAUAGGGGCAAGAACAUCCUUGUGGACAUGUUGAUAUGGGCACUAGACAAUACUGCUCCCGCUAACUACUUGAUCAUAUCCGGCGACAUAGACCUCUCCACCGCGCUUCAAAAACUCAGCCUGCGAAGUUACAAUAUUCUUCUCGCGCAUCCGCCGCAAGUUUCUCCCUCCUUCUUCGCCGCCGCUAAAGUCGUUUGGCGUUGGACAAUCCUCUCUGCCGGCGACGCUAACUCUGUCUCGCAAAAAAUAGCCUCCGUUCUCAUCAACUCCAACUACGUCGGCGCCGUCUCCAUCUUUGCCUACAGCGACAUCAACCGCAUUCCGCAGCCCAUCCAACACGCCCUCUCCAACAUCCCCGCCGAUGUGAAAGAUAGGGACAAGAACAUCCUAGUGGACAUGUUGAUAUGGGCACUAAACAAUACUGCUCCCGCUAACUACUUGAUCAUAUCCGGCGACAUAGACCUCCCCACCGCACUUCACAAACUCAGCCUGCGAAGUUACAAUAUUCUUCUUGCGCAUCCGCCGCAAGUUUCUCCCUCCUUCUUCGCCGCCGCCAAAGUCGUUUGGCGUUGGAUAAUCCUCUCCGCCGGUGACGCUAACUCUGUCUCGCAGAAAAUAGCCUCCGUUCUCGUCAACUCCAACUACGUAGGCGCCGUCUCCAUCUUUGCCUACGGCGACAUCAACCGCAUUCCGCGGCCCAUCCAACACGCCCUCUCCAGCAUCCCUGCCGAUGUGAAAGAUAGGGACAAGAACAUCCUAGUGGACAUGUUGAUAUGGGCACUAGACAAUACUGCUCCCGCUAACUACUUGAUCAUAUCCGGCGACAUAGACCUCUCCACCGCGCUUCACAAACUCAGCCUGCAAAACGCUAACUCUGUCUCGCAGAAAAUAGCCUCCGUUCUCGUCAACUCCAACUACAUCGGCGCCGUCUCCAUCUUUGCCUACGGCGACAUCAACCGCAUUCCGCGGCCCAUCCAACACGCCCUCUCCAGCAUCCCCGCUGAUGUGAAAGAUAGGGACAAGGACAUCCUAGUGGACAUGUUGAUAUGGGCACUAGACAAUACUGCUCCCGCUAACUACUUGAUCAUAUCCGGUGACAUAGACCUCUCCACCGCGCUUCACAAACUCAGCCUGCGAAGUUACAAUAUUCUUCUCGCGCAUCCGCCGCAAGUUUCUCCCUCCUUCUUCGCCGCCGCCAAAGUCGUUUGGCGUUGGACAAUCCUCUUCGCCGGCGACGCUAACUCUGUCUCGCAGAAAAUAGCCUCCGUUUUCGUCAACUCCAACUACGUCGGCGCCGUCUCCAUCUUUGCCUACGGCGACAUCAACCGCAUUCCGCAGCCCAUCCAACACACCCUCUCCAGCAUCCCCACCGAUGUGAAAGAUAGGGACAAGAACAUCCUAGUGGACAUGUUGAUAUGGGCACUAGACAAUACUGCUCCCGCUAACUACUUGAUCAUAUACGGCGACAUAGACCUCUCCACCGCGCUUCACAAACUCAGCCUGCGAAGUUACAAUAUUCUUCUCGUGCAUCCGCCGCAAGUUUCUCCCUCCUUCUUCGCCGUCGCCAAAGUCGUUUGGCGUUGGACAAUCCUCUCCACCAGCGCCUCCGUUCUCGUCAACUCCAACUACGUCGGCGCCGUCUCCAUCUUUGCCUACGGCGACAUCAACCGCAUUUCGCGGCCUAUCCAACACGCCCUCUCCAGCAUCCCCACCGACAAUCCCGCUCCCGCUAACUACUUGAUCAUAUCCGGCGACAUAGACCUCUCCACCGCGCUUCACAAACUCAGCCUGCGAAGUUACAAUAUUCUUUUCCCGCAUCCGCCGCAAGUUUCUCCCUCCUUCUUCGCCGCCGCCAAAGUCAAAAUAGCCUCCGUUCUCGUCAACUCCAACUACGUCGGCGCCGUCUCCAUCUUUGCCUACGACGACAUCAACCGCAUUCCGCGACCCAUCCAACACGCCCUCUCCAGCAUCCCCGCCGAUGUGAAAGAUAGGGACAAGAACAUCCUAGUGGACAUGUUGAUAUGGGCACUAGACAAUCCCGCUCUCGCUAACUACUUGAUCAUAUCCGGCGACAUAGACCUCUCCACCGCGCUUCACAAACUCAGCCUGCGAAGUUACAAUAUUCUUCUCGCGCAUCCGCCGCAAGUUUCUCCCUCCUUCUUCGCCGCCACCAAAGUCACGCUAACUCCGGUCUCGCAGAAUAUAGCCUCCGCUCUCGUCAACUCCAACUACGUCAGCGUCGUCUCCAUCUUUGCCUAUGGCGACAUCAACCGCAUUCUGCGGCCCAUCCAGCACGCCCUCUCCAGCACCGGCGUCGCUCUUAACCACAUCCCCGCCGAUGUGAAAGAUAGGGACAAGAACAUCCUAGUGGACAUGUUGAUAUGGGCACUAGACAAUCCCGCUCCCCCUACCUACUUGAUCAUAUCCGGCGACAUAGACCUCUCCACCGCGUUUCACAAACUCAGCCUGCGAAGUUACAACAUUCUCCUCGCGCAUCCGCCGCAAGUUUUUCCCUCCCUCUUCGCUGCCGCCAAAGUUGUUUGGCAUUGGACAAUCCUCUCCGCCGACGGUGACCCUUUCUACGUUGCCGAUUCUGACUCUGCCUUCGCCUCUGUUACAGGAAUAAUUGCCGAAGCUUUGAGGCUGAAACCUGAGAUGGAAGAUCCACGUGUCCGAGAUGUUGGCACAUCUCAGCAUCAAAAUAUCCAAGAUGAAUCAGUAAAGGCUUACAUCUCUAAGGCGGUGAAAGCCACCGUGUCAAAGCGUUCUAUACGAGUGAUCGGCUCACAAAUCGAGUACGGAGACAAAGACAGUGGCAUUAAGAUGGCCCUCGACGAUUGCAAGGACUUGCUGCAAUCCGCCAUGCAGAACGCUCACUACAUUUCGCAGAACAUAACCUCUCUUCUCGUCAACUCUAACUACGUUGGUAUCGUCUCCAUCUUUGUCUACGGCGACACCAACCGCAUUUCGCUGCCCGUCCAGCAUGCCCUCUUCAGCACCGGUGUCGCUCUCAACCACAUCCCCGCCGGUGUGAAAGAUGCGAGCAACAAGAAGAUCCUAGUGGACAUGCUGCUGUGGGCAGUAGACAAUCCCUCACCCGCUAACUAUAUGCUCAUAUUCGGUGACAGAGACUUCUCCAACGUGCUUCACCAACUCAGCCUGCGUAGGUACAACAUUCUCCUCGCGCAUCCCCCGCAAGUCUCUCCCUCCCUCCUCGCCGCCGCCAAAGUCGUUUGGCUUUGGACAAUCCUCUCUGUCGGCGAUGGCCCUCUCCAUGUUGCCAAUUCCGAUUCUGUCUCCACCUCCGCCUCUGGAGCAGUAUUGAAGAACAUGAAUAGCGUUUUCAAAGAGCAGAUACUUGCAGACAAGCUCCCCAAGCUUAAUAACUCCCAACAAUGCAUCUUAAGCUCGAGCUUGAAAAUGGACAUGAUGGACGUGGACGAAACUUCUGCACCUAGAGAGGGGAAGCCCGUUUUGGUGAUAUUGGUGGGAGCACCGGGAAGCGGGAAAUCCACCUUCGGCGAAGAAGUAAUGCGUUCCUCUACUCGCCCUUGGUUCGUGUUUGCCAGGAUGGUAUUUGGCCUCGGUUUUGGCACUUUAGAACAGCUCGGGGGUGUUAGUGUGUCGUGGGGAAGUGAUGUGAAAUGGUUGAUUUUUAGAGUGUUAUUUGCUUAG